AUGGCAAACUUCGCGGUACAGCCGUCGCUCGACACAGUGCGCGAGGUCCUCGCUGCUGCGAUCCAAUCGCCCAAUCCGCCCAACCUCGUUCCUGUCUUCUCCUCCAUCUCCGCCGAGUUCCUUACGCCGGGCUUGAUCUAUUUGAAGAUCGCUGAGCAGGCACAAUCCAAGCUGUCUUUUUUGUUCGAGAGCGCUGCAACAACCGAGACAAUUGGGCGGUACAGCUUCGUUGGUGCAGACCCGCGCAAAAUCCUCAAGACAGGCAAAGGCCAUGGCCCAGAAACCGAUCCACUACCUCUACUCGAGAAGGAGCUCGCAAAGAGCAGGGUGGCAAGCGUGCCCUCCAUACAACUACCUCCGAUGACUGGUGGAGCGGUGGGAUAUGUUGGGUAUGACUGCGUACAAUAUUUCGAACCGAAAACGAAGCGCGAUGACAUGAAGGAUAUUUUAGGCGUACCCGAGAGCCUGUUCAUGCUCUUCGAUACCGUAGUAGCGUUGGACCACUUUGCGCAGGUCGUCAAGGUCAUCACCUAUGUCAAAGUUCCCGAAAGUCUCGACGACCUUGAGACGGCAUACAACGAGGCGAAGGAGACGUGCAGAAAAUACACGGCAAUACUGAAGAAGAGGGAUAGAAUACCGGAGCCGGAUCAGCAGCCCAUACAGCAGGGUCAGGAAUACAAGUCCAACAUCGGGCAGGAAGGCUACGAAGGCCAUGUCACGAGGCUGAAAGAGCAUAUCAAGGUGGGCGACAUCAUCCAGGCCGUCCCGUCACAGCGAUUCGCGCGACCGACGUCUUUGCAUCCGUUCAAUGUCUACCGGCAUCUGCGAAACGUGAACCCGUCACCAUAUCUCUUCUACGUGGACUGCGAGGAUUUCCAGAUUGUUGGCGCAAGCCCGGAAUUGCUGGUCAAGGAGGAACAGGGCAGAAUCAUCACGCACCCCAUCGCGGGCACAGUCAAGCGAGGCAAGACGCUGCAAGAAGACGCAGCGCUGGCAGAAGAGCUCUCCAACUCGAUCAAGGACCGGGCCGAGCAUGUGGGUUCCGCUGGCACGGUGAGCGGGGCGCCCAAGGUGCGCGCAAUGGAGCUGAUCGCCGAGCUGGAGCUCGAAAAGCGCGGUGUGUAUGCCGGUGCCGUCGGGUACUUUGGCUACGGCAGCGUGGACGGCGGGCGUGAGAUUGAGGGCGCCAUGGACACAUGCAUCGCGCUGCGAACAAUGCUGGUGAAAGAUGGCAUCGCUUAUCUCCAAGCCGGGGGCGGCAUCGUCUUCGACUCGGAUCCGUACGAUGAGUGGAUGGAAACCAUGAACAAAUUAGGCGCGAACAUGCAAUGCAUCACCACAGCUGAGCGGAAGCAUGUCGACGAACAAGCAGAAGCGGACGGCGAAGCGACAGCAGGGCCAGGCACCAACGCGCACAUUUCCCUUGCAGCGUAG